GCGGAGUCACCAGCAUUUUCAGGUACAGAUCAGGAAAAUGUAACGCCGUAAUUUGCUACGGAGGCAAAAUGCGCAGUGAGAAAUCCCAAAGCUAUAUAAAUGAAUCUCCUUUUUUUCUUAUUUUUCCCUUUUUCUAUCAUUAAACUUCUCUUACUUCCCUCAUGGACGCUCUCAUCUCUUACCUCGAGAAUGAUCCCAACGAUCGAUUCAUUCCUCUUGGUCCCUCAUCAGCAGCCGGUGUCAUGGCCGCUGCCUUUUUCAUCAUGGUGAUCGCUUGGAUAUACAAUGCUGUUCGGUUUCGAGGAUUCUUGGUGUGGUCGAUUGCUCGAAUCAUCCUUUUCUGUGCGAUAUUGACAGUAGGGUUCAUUUUGAAGAUUGUCUGUAACAGCGUUUUGAGCAGUAUGGGCGAUACGCCCACCGAAGCUCAAAUCACACAAUUCGUCAACUUGUAUAUUGCGACCAACGCUUUGACCGCCAUCGGCACCUUCAUCUUGUUCACUGGUUUGUUAUCCAUCACCUACAACUGGGUUCUUUCCAAGAGAAACGGCUCCGACCCACGCGAAGCCGGACGGGAUAGCCGUAUUUUCCGGAUGCUUAUUAUGUUGACUAUUGUCUCUUUGGUUUUGACCAUUGUUGGCUCCUCUCUCAAUAUGAAUGUGCUUCGUCUCGCCGGUAAUGCCAUCUUUGUUGCUUUGGUCGCACUCCUCCUGAUCAUUAUUCGUUACUACCACCAUGGCUUGGAAGAUGGAACCAUGCCGAUUUCCAGCACACCUACAUCCAAACUCCACCACCCCUAUGCUGUGCAGUUUUUCCUGUUUAUCUCUACAUUUUUGCUACUUAUUGCUCAAGCUUUCAAGCUUGCUCAGUAUGCUGUGAAUGUUGGCUCUCCUGCCCUCAAGAACAUUGCUUUGAUCUACAUCUUUGGCCCUGUUAUUGAUCUCAUCAUCCUCAUCAUCUUGGCUAUUAGCUGGGGCCCCGUUUUCCACGACACCAUCUGGCGUCGACUCCUUGCUCAGCGUCAAGCCCAAGAUGCUGCUGCUUCAGAGUAUCCGAUGGCAGAACAAAACGCUUGAUCGUCCGAUUGAAAGCCUAUCCAUAUCCUAUACAUCAUCAUUUGUACCUUUUCUAAUUCCUAUCUGUUGUACAAUCCGUUAAUAUAAUAUGUAAACUAUACCUAUUGGUAUAUACCUAAAGCUGCCUUUUACUGUGACUCUAUCAUUAAAAUCCAAUAGUCAAAUUACUGAUGUUAAAGUCUGAAACUGUUUGUUCAGUAGAAU